GUCAGCCACACCGAUCACCCGAAUUACGCCACGUGUACAGCUCGCCUUCCAAUCAACAGCUCCAGGAGGUGGGGUUCCGGCAAUGAUCCCCGCCCCCCAAGCCACGGCCUGCACUGGUCCUCAGUUGAUUCGGACUCUUCAUUUGUUUAGCGCCUGAGGAUGUCACAGCAACGAACACUACCUCAGAGUAAAGAGCUUCUGCUCCAGUCCUACAACAAGAGACUGAAAGAUGACAUCAAAUCUAUUCUGGAUAACUUCACAGAAAUUGUCAAAAGUGCUCGGGUUGAAGAUGAGACACAGGUAUCCCGGGCGACGCAGUGUGAACAAGAUCACUAUGAGAUGCAUGUGAGAGCUGCAAACAUUGUGCGAGCUGGUGAGUCUCUGAUGAAGCUGGUGUCAGACCUGAAACAGUUCUUGAUCCUGAAUGACUUUCCCUCGGUGAAUGAAGCCAUUAACCAGCGGAAGCAGCAACUACGAAACCUGCAGGAAGAAUGUGACAAGAAACUGAUCACCCUGAGAGACGAGAUUGCAGUUGAUCUCUAUGAGCUGGAAGAAGAAUAUUACUCCUCCAGGUACAAAUAACACAGAACUGUCCUCGGCACAGCCUCCAGAAUGUUCCGUGAGCAACCACAAGAGUGCCUUUUAACACUGACAUAACCACAAUGUGAUCCAGCCUCAUUCACUCACACUGUAACACUCUCCUAAUCUCACACUAACCUUCUCGUGCUGUAACAAUUCUAAUCCCACAUUAUAAUACUCUCCAAUUCCAUGGAAUGUAUUGCUUGGGUAGAUGAGGCUGUACCUCUGUAUUUUUAAACUCUGCUGAUAUUAUUCCCCAAGCUCCUCAUUAUUACUCACUAGAAAUGCGAGUCUUUCUCUUUUCGUUGUGAUGUGGGUUGACUUUGGGCUCUAGUUGAGGCUGUUUAAAAAUAUUCUUUUACAGCACAUCUUCAGUUGAGACUGAUCCUGAUCCACCAGAACCCAAAUGUUAUGUUAGGUGUUGCGAAGGGUGGUGCUGGGCAGAGGGUGGUUUCACUUAUUUACACCUCUUCCCUUCUUGACAGAACAAAUUCCCAAUUCCUGACUGUAAAUCAUUUUGGGGAUCCUAUGGAUUCUCCCCACCAUGUGUCUGUUGGAGUUGAUUGAAUUGAUUCCUCAUGAGUCAAACUCUAACAUUCCAAAAUGUCGCAAAGUGACUGAUUUCUUUUUGAAAAGGCCAUCUGCACAAGGAUGCUCACCAAUCAGCAAAAUUUUGAACGUUCCUGGGCACUACACAUUUCACUAAAACGUUCUUAAGUGCAAUUCUGAAACUGUGCUGCAGCAUCUCCUGUUGGAAUUUGCCUCUGCUGCCACCUCGUGUGUAUCAGGGACUAUAAAGGUGCUUCUGUAAUGUUGAACCAAACAGGGCAUUUACAAUUGGCCGAGAAUGUCUGCUCAGCUUUUACUACAGUAAGAAUCUGAGAAUUUUUACUACAUAAAAUGGAAUUUUAUUGUAAAAAAUCAUUCCCCAAUUUAGUAAGAGAUUCUAUUUAUCUCAAAUUUUAUAUUAGCUUUUCUACUACAUGAUGUCCAUGCAUGUUAUGAAUAUAUAAGUACCCUGUUUGUCAGACUUUAAACUUCUCGAGUCUAAUCUUCUGUGCCAGAUUUGGUAGGGAAACAGUUUUCUAUUUGUUUGAAGUAAUACAACAUUGCAGCCUUAAAGAGAUGCACAGUUCCUUCACACGAGGAUAAGAAGUUAAAAAGUGUGUUGUGACCAGAGUCUGUGACUAUGUGUUACUAUUUAUACGAAAAUCAUUUCAACAACCAUCAACGUUUUCUGCAAUGUGUGUUAUAUAUUUCUGUUAUGAUUCUUUCUGAAGGUGGUGGAUGGCACAGAACUGUCUAAUUCAGUACCCUUUCCUUUCCCACUGCCAAGUGUCUCAUUACUUGUAAUGAUCCAACUCAUUCUGACUAUCCCAUAUUAAUGCAAGGAUUGUGAGCUGCUUGCACAUCCCAGUGUAUUUAAGUUAUGAGGUUGCUAUUGCAUGCAAUAGGUCAAGAUAAUUAGGCAGAGCCAACAUGGUUUUGUCAAAGGGAAAUCAUGUUUAAUUAUUGGAGCUCUUUUAACAAGUAACUUGUUCUGUAGAUAACGGGAAACCAAUGGAUAUAUUGUACUUAGACUUCCAGAAAGCAUUUGAUAAGGUGCCCCAUCAAAGAUUGUUACGAAAAUAAAAGCUCAUCUUAUAGAGGGUAAGAGAAUGGCAUGGAAGAUUGACUGACUGACUGACUGACCUCUUCUCUUUAAGUUUUAUAUAAAUGAUUUGGAUAAAGAGACUGAAGGUUUGGUAGUUAAAUUUGCUGAUGAUGCAAAGAUAGGAAAGUGAGUUGUGACAAGGACAUAAGGAGCCUACAAAGGGAUAUAAAUAGGUUAAGUGAGUGGGUAAAGAUCUGGCAAAUAGAGUACAAUACGGGAAAAUAUGAAAUUAUCUAUUUUGGUAGAAAUAAUAAGAAGCAUAUCAUCUAAAUGGUGAGAGGUUGCAGAGCUGUAAAAUGCAGAGGGAUCUAGGAGUCUGAGUGCAGAAUCAUAGCAGGUUAGUGUGCAGGCACAGUAAGUAGUUGGGAAAGCUGAUUGAAUGUGUUGUACAGUGAGGGGAAUUGAAAGCAAGAGUAGGGAGAUUAUGCUGCAGUUAUACGGACAUAAGUGAGACAAUAUCAGGAGUACUGUGUGUAGUACCGGUCACCAUCCUUACGGAAGGAUGUUAAUGUGUUGGAAACAGUUCUGAGUUAAUGUUUACUAGGCUAAUGCCUGGAAUGAUCAGCUUGCCUUCCGAGAAAAGGCGAGACAGGCUCAGCCUGUAUCUUUGAGAGUUUAGGAGAGUCAGAGUUGACUUAAUUGAAGUUUAUGAGAUCCUGAGGGGACUUGACUGGGUGGAUGUGGCGAAGUUGCUUCCCAUUGUGGAAGAAUCUAGAAAUGGGGUUGUAGUUCAAAAAUAAGGAUUUUUCCCAUUUAAAACAGAGGAGGAACCUUUUUUUUGAGGAUUGAGAAUCUUUGGAAUUCCCUUACUCAAAGGCAGUGAAUGCACAAUCUUUAAGACAGGUUAAAUUCUUGAUUAUCAAAGGAAUGAAAGAUAAUCGGAGGUAUGCAGGAAUGUAGAGUUGAGGUUAAAAUCAGAUCAACCAUGACCUUACUGAAUGGCAGAGCAGGCUUGAAGGGCUGAGUGGCCUACUCUUGUUCCUUGUUUGUAUGCACAUCAUAUAACAUUUCAGUAUUACAUUCUAUAUACAUUCUGUAAUAUCAAUAGAGUGACUUAAAUAUACAUCCCAUGAUAUCAGUCUGAAUUAGCUGUACGUGCCAGGAUAUUCCCCACACACCCUGUAAUAUUCUGUUGUGUUAUAUGUGCAUCCCAUAAUAGUCCCCUUUAGUAUGUUCACUGUACAUUCUGAAAUUAUCCAUGUGUAGCUUGUAAUAACACUCCAAGGUUUAAGAUCUCAUCGCAGUCCCAGGUGUUCAGUGAGUAAUUUUGGGAAUUGCUGGGAUUCAAAGGAUAACGUGGCGAUCACCUCUGCUGAAGCCUCUGUUCUGGGCCACUGGGUUCAGGGUCAGUUUGCAACCACUGGAUUAUGGAAAGCCCAGGUUCCAGCUCCAGCCUGAAUUGAGUCCAUGGGCUCAGCCAUGACUGCACUAGCCUGAGCUAGUGAGGGGAAAGGGGCUAGGAGGGGAGGAGCCCAGCCACAGCUCCUAUUCUUGAUCAGUGUUUAGUGUAUUCUCCCAUGUGCACACAUGUCCACAAUUUGGCAAUAAUCAGUUUUUGAGUUCAGCUGUUAAUACACACAGUCAAAUAGUUUAUGACAGAAACCCACACAUCGACUUGGAAAGAUGGGAAUGCAGAACUGCCACUGACUCUCUCUGAUGCGUAAUCCCUAGAGUAUCCCAAACUGUAUCCAUCCCACACCCCUAAGCCUCUUCACUGAAAUGAGCCAUUUAAAAUCAAUGGAACCUCCUCCAUCAUGUGUAACUAAAUCCAUUUCUGUGAAAUGCAUGCUUUAAUCUAAAAAGGUGUUGCCAUUCAGUCUCCCACCCAGAGCUAUGAUAAUUUAGAGUGCGGACUAAAAAUGCGAACUGUUUUCACUUAUUGAACCUUGCAAUAGUGAGUGUUACAUUUAGUAAUUGUCAUUAUGUGCCUUGUUCACUGUUCCCAACAUUUUCAAAUUUGUUUUUAUAUCUGUACUUAUGUUUAUUUUUGUUUAAAGAUUUAUAUAUAAUUUAAAAACCGUAUCCUUCAUUCAAUGAAACAUUCCAGCAUCUCACUUUAAAGAGUCAGCAUUUUAAAUACUUCCUAAAUAAAGGUCAAAUCAAUAA